AUGUCUUCUGAUAACAAAACAAUCGUCUUCAAUACUCUUAAAACACUCUACAUUCAAUUCGAAGAGUCAAAGAAUGAUUUCUUUUCCGAUGAUUCUUAUGGUGAAGAUUUCUUUGCCCCCGGUUCAUUCUCUGAUCUGUUUGGAGGCCAAGAAGCUUAUUAA